AUGACACAUAUUAACAUAUAAUAUAUAACAACAAAGAAAUUUUUAUUAGCUCAUUUGAUUGCCAAAUGGAAUAAUUGCAGACAAAAUUGAAAGAGAAGAAGUUUAUUAAGUCUAGAUUUUUUAGUAAAAUUUUAGAUAUUACUACAGUGAAUAUUGGAAAUCAUCUUUGUAUUCUAUUAUUAUCAUAUGUUUUAUUGAAUUGCCAAGUAAGUUGAUGCCGUUAUCAGACAGUUCGACGAACAGGCAUUCGUCAACGAACGAUAGUGUUAUCAUUACACAAUAUACACGACAUUCCUCUCGGUAAAAUACAGAUGGCGAGACACGCGUACAUAGCUUGGAUUUACAGAGAAUAUCGACAGCAUUCUGACAACCAUAUUUAUAAGCAUCGUAGCCACGCGUUGAGAUACAGUGAACUUGAUAUGAGCCGGGAAAAAAAUUUUGUUUUCGCGGCACGUUUCGAGAUAUUUGAUACAAAAACAUACAAUUCUGUUAUCAGUAACGUGCAAGCAAAUUUACGUAACAGAACAAGAGAUAACCAAUCUCGAAUAAAAAUAGUUUAAUAUUCCAAAUAUAACGACACACAGUACAUUGUUAUCAACCAUAUUACAGCAGCUGAUCAACCGAGAUGGAGAUCUGCGUCGAUUCCUUAGAAUCUGCAAGAAACGCGGUCAAGGGUGGUGCCAGCAGACUGGAAAUUUGCUCGGCUCUCUCGGAAGGUGGUCUAACACCGAGCCCGGGUCUACUUAAGCAAAUAAGAAGUUUCGCGACGAUUCCGCUCUACGUCAUGAUCCGUAUUCGCGGUGGCGAUUUCGUCUACACCACCGAAGAAAUCGACGCUAUGCUUCACGAUCUGAUGAUCCUUAAGGAUCAUCACGCGGACGGAUUCGUCUUUGGCGCGUUGACCUCCGAUUGCGAGAUCGACACUGUCGCGUGCGAGAAAAUCAUUUCCGCCGCUCGUCCUUUGCCGGUGACGUUUAGUCGCGCCUUCGAUCUCACUAUCGAUCCUUUCAAAUCUUUGCAAGUUCUCGCUGAUCUCGGUUUCCAGAGAAUUCUGACAUCUGGACAGAAGAAUAGCGCUCUGGAAGGAUUAGAACUGAUAAAAACGUUAGUACAAAAGACGCAGGAAUUAUUAAUUAUGCCUGGAGCUGGUAUCACGAAGGAUAACAUUCGCAAAAUCAUGGAGUCUGGUGCCAAAGAGUUUCACGCGUCGGCUAAAAGACGGAAAAUGGUGAUUUAUUGUGGGAAUAGAGUGAGAUUGGGUCCUAAUGAGAAUGAUUUUAUUAAUGUGACCGACAAGGAGCUGGUGAAGGAAUUGGUCGAUAUAGUCAGGAACAUCAGAAUGAAUGAAACGUCUUGUGAAAAAUAACUUUAGGAAAAAUAAUCUAAUACCAAUUAUAUAUUUUUAUAUAAUUACACUACGUCUAAAUAACACAACGCCUUAAAAGUAAUCUAUUUGUUUUAAAACGAAUAACGUUGCACUCUUGUAUUUUUGAUUAUAAUUUUACAUUGUAUUAUAUUUCUCUGCUAAUAAAUUGCUCUUUAUUACACUCAUUAAUUCGAAAACGGCACGUUAUACAUCUAAGCUUUAUAUAGAUUACAAUUUUAAUGGUGAAUAAAUACUAAUUUUUAUAACAUAAAUAAUAUAAAUUAAUAUAAAUAAUAAAUCUUUGUUUAAUCUUUUUUUUUAUGAAAACUGACCACGAGAAUUACCACAUUAAAUUGUAAUAUGUUAUUAAUUUCUCAAUUUUUUAAUAGUUAAUUUUCUCGAAAACAAAGACUCCUGCGAUAAAAUUUAAUUUUAUUCUUUCAACUUAUUUUUUCAUAUAGAAUCAUUAUUUUUCUGAUUGUACCAUCAGAUAAUAGGACAUCUUAUAUGUAAGGCCUUCUUGCACUUUCUAUUUAAACGUGCCUGAAUAUUGUACAAUUAUAUAAACGAUAGCGAUUAUAUCACAUCUAAUCCAAGUGAUUUUAUAAUCAUUUAAAUUUUACAAUUUUAAAUCAACUUUUUAUAAACGAUAUUUUAUUAUACAUAUUAUUUUGUUACUUUUUAGAUAUAAAUUUAUCAUACCAUUUAUGUAAAUUGCAUUCUAGUUAAUCGAGUAUUUAUAUGAAAAAUAGAUUCCAUGAUAUUUGAAAAUAAAAUUUUAUAAAUGUAACUUUAUUAUGACUGCAAUUGCUCUAUAUGUAAUACACAACUCAUUUUAUAUAAUAAAUCUGCAAGAUGCAUAUUUAUUGUGA